CUACACUAUGGCCGAGGACGAGACCGCAAAGCUCUGGAAGGUCAAUCGCACAGUACACGAACUUGUAAAGGACAGGGGAUACCAAGUUUCAGAUGACGAGAUACACAUGGACUUCGCUACAUUCAAGUCACACUACGCAAACAACGGCGGCAGCGUAGAUCGAAAUCAGCUCAAUUUCUUCACGAAUUCGCAGGAAAACCCUACCGAACAGAUCUUUAUUUACUUCUCAGAUGAGCGUAGUGUCGGUAUCAAGACAAUGCGAAAGCUCAUUGCCAUUCUCGAGGAAAAAUCCAUCCAGCGGGCAAUCAUCAUCUUCCCGGGUGCCAUGACGGGUGCUGCUCGCAAGGUUAUUGUGGCGAUGGCAUCCCAAUAUCGCAUAGAGGAGUUCUCUGAAUCAGACCUUCUCGUCAAUAUCACUCACCAUAUCCUGGUACCUAAGCACGAAGUGCUCACCCCAGAACAAAAAAAGGCAUUGCUUGAAAAAUACCGCCUCAAGGACACGCAGCUUCCUCGCAUACAACUGGCGGAUCCUGUCGCCCGCUAUUACGGCCUCCGACGAGGCCAGGUAGUCAAAAUUACUCGUCCUAGCGAGACAAGUGGGCGCUACGCCAGCUACCGUAUCUGCUUCUGAUUUCUCGGUACUGUGACUCCGGGCGCUUUCAUAUCUUACAUCUGUAUUCACCUAGACCAUGAAUGGCAUGCUCUCAUAAAGC